AAUAGGCAUCGGCGAUGGCUCCCAAUAAAUUUAAGCAUAUUUAAGCAUGAAUACCAACAAAAAGCAUUUUAUGCUUAAAUUAACAAGAUAUUAAUCAAUUGCUAGUUUACGGUCCAGUUAACAGCCUCAGCAUUUGCAAAGCAAAGUUUGCACUCGGAUAUAUUUGCAACGGGAUUUGCGGACGCGCUCGGCGAACAUAAACAAUGUGACUAAAAUUUGCAUGGAUGCUGGAAACUGUUGGAAAGAAAUUAUUAAAUUAAUCUAAAAGUUGUUGUGUAUUAAUACGUUGUGUGUCCAAACUGCCAUUGGAAGUGUCUUAAGAAUCCAGCCGGACAACCCAUCGAAAUAUAAAUGCUGAACAAUGUCGAGCAAAGAGGAAAUGACGGUCACCAAAAGCCAAUUCAGCUUUUUGCAAGAUAGGAAAACCUAUUGGUACACUGUAAAUGAAAUUAAGAAUGAAGCCACAUGCCCAAGCUGUGGCAGAUCUAUUGAUAAGUUUAAAAAUCUAACUGCGCACGUGAAACGCUGUUUUAGCAUUAAGAAAAUCGGACCUAUAUACAGACUGCACGGCUAUGUCGAAUGUAAAUGUGGACUCCUAAUCGCAGACAACACCAAGGCACAAAAGCUGCAUGUGUGCAUGGGGGAAGUGCCCGCUUUUGAGCCGGAUUUGACGUAUGUCCGUAAGAAACCAACGCCGGAAGAUCGGAAGCCGACAGAUAAACGCAUGUCGUUGAGCCCCCAUCUGGAGCGUGAGCUGCUGCAGCCCAAGCCCUGGAUACGUAACUUUGUCUCCCCCUUUAAGUUAGAUAUAGAGAAUAUGCAUGACAAUCCCAAGCCGGAGCCGCGCGUACGCAAUUUUGAUCUGCCCGUGAGCAGCAAACGGGAGCCGAAGAAUGUCAGCGUCUACUCCAUAGGCUCAAAUAAUGGCACAAUUUUCGUAACUGGACAAGCGCCGCCGCCAACGGGCAAUCAGAAUGUGAUCCUAAUUAAAAAACGAGCACUGCGUCUGCCCCAGCUCAAGGGCGACAAAUGCAGUUAGUACAAGCUCGUGCU